AUGAAGCAUGAAAAUGUUGCCGCUGUCGUCGAUAUAUUUAUCUCUCCUUCGCACGAUGUUUACCUUGUUACGGAGCUAAUGGAAAUCAAUCUUCAAACACUUUUGAGAACAAAGCCCAUGCAAGGAGAGUUUGUCCAGUACUUCUUGUACCAGAUAAUGCGUGGACUCAAAUAUAUUCAUUCGGCCGGCGUCGUUCAUGGUGACCUGCAGCCAAGCAAUAUUAUGGUGAGCCAUAACUGUGACCUCAAAAUCAAGGGAUAUGGACAGCCGCGAGUUUACGGUCCUUGGAUCACUCGCCAUGCCUCUGCCCAACACUAUACGGCCCCCGAAGCUAUGUUGGAAGGCCAAAAAUAUGGCAAGCCAGUUGACAUUUGGAGUGCAGGCUGUAUAUUUGCCGAGUUGUUACAGGGAAAGGUUCUUUUCCCUGGCCAAAAUGAUAUUCAACAAUUUCAUAUGAUCACGGAGCUGCUAGGCACACCGUCUGAAACUGUCACGAAAAAGAUGACCAAUGGAAAUAAUAUGCUUGUUUUUGACCCCCAAGGGAGAGCUACUGCGCCCGAAUCUUUGGAAUUUGCCUACCUAGCUCUUUAUCACGAUCCUACAGAUGAACCGGAGGCUGAAGAAAAAGUCGAUUGGACAUUCAAUAACGCCGAUCAUUCAGUUGACGCUUGGAAAGCGGAGUUGUAUGCCUGGCCAUCUAAAUUUAUGUUGAAUUGA